GUUCAUCAUUCCAAACCUUGAACCUUGAACCUCUUAACUGACAUCGUACACACAUGCAGGUGAUCAAUCAAAUGCAACAUUAACCCCCGAGUACAAAGUAUCUGCCCAAAGGAACUGGGGAUUUAGUAUGCAGCAUACCUACCUACCUAACCUAGGUAACUGUCUAAUCAGAUCAGCCGCAAUCCCCAACGGGUAAGAUAUCCGUCUUACAGCUGGUACACUUAACAGUGCAUGCAACCAUAAGCAUGGCAUUUAUACCGAAAUAGAACAUGGAGGGCAACAUUAUAAUAUAUCUUCAGCUGCGGCAUGGCAGCUGACGACAUCUCGUCAUGUGCCAAGGUGAUAAAAAUUAUAAGUAUCGAGGCAGGCUGGCGCUUAAUGUCUGCAAUAUCAGAUUGUUACCCCCCAAGAAAUAUUCACCACAUUAUCGAGUGAACCUUUCUAGGUCUGGGUCUUGACGACGGAAUUUCCAUCAUGGCCGAUGAUCUAACACUAGAGGAACAUGAUCCCGAAUUUCAGAAACUUAUUAAGCACACAGGCGACAACCCUCGCCAACAAAGAGAAAGGUUUAAACCCAAUUCUACCUAUUGUCGCACAUGGCAUCAGGCGCCAAACCCAGAGACCUAUUCAUCAUUCGGUGAUAGGGGCACCACCGCAAGUGUCAACAGGUAUGGUGACAUUAUGCAGUUUGGCAGAUACCUCGACAUAGGGGACUAUGGCAUGUUCUCGGCAGAUCAUGGCGAAACCGAUGAACCCUACUGGGUAACAGGAAGGGCAGACGAUCUAGACGACUUUAGUAGAGAGAGCUUGAACAGUCUACCCGAAUCCACACCCCGCUAUGGUCUUCGGUUCCCAGGGCUGAAGCUUGGAGAACCUCCCGAUAUAAGCUAUAUAUACUAUCGCUGGCCAAGAUACACGUAUAAAACUAGCAAAAUAGAGCUUACUAUUCAGUGGAUUGUGCACGACCAUACAGUUUUACAACAAUGCACUAUUACAAAUCUAGAAGAUACCGAAGCGACAGUUGAUUUCAGAUUUCCAAUCAAAAAAGAGGUCAUGUAUAUACGGGAUGCAGAUUACCUCACCGGUAGCAAUUCAUUUAAUCGUGAACAUCUGGGAUACACCGAGAAGUUGGGCCCACACGGCUAUUCUUGGAGUUUAACUCAUGAACUCCAGAAACCCAAUGAUACAAGCGAACGAAGAGAUAAAGGGUCAGUCAAUGAUCAAUCCAUGAAAGAGCCUCAUCCCGCAACUGUCGAUAAUACGCAUGGUGUCGAAUCGAGCGAUGAUUUCCAUUCCGUUACCGUUGUCGUGUCAAUUUUUGUCGAUGGUGAUGCAUUGCAAUGGCCAUCGGGACCUGAACCGAAAUGGCAAAGGAGGAUAGGAGGCAAUGGCAAGAAAGACAGUGGGAAUACCAUACAAAUUACCACCGCAUACCGUAUGAUACCUACAUCAGAAUCAGGGCCUUGUUGGAGAGAUCUCUUGAUCCCUGUUGAGGCAGUUGACGUAGACAGCCUUCUAGAACGCACCCCAUUCUCAGAGAUAUGCCUUUCAACGACCAUACAGGGAGAGUCUAUUGGUAAUCCCUCAGGUUUACCGUACGAUACUUCCUCGUCUAAGACAGAUGCUCCCUGGCCUAAGGCCCACAUUGAAUUCGUGGUACAUCGACAUCUCGAACAUAUACUCUCCGUGUGCUCAAUUCCUCUAGAACCAUCACGACUGCCAGAUGGAGACAAUGUGUGGCCAACUGCUUUGACAUGUGGGGACAUGUCAGUUCACCGUGUCUGUACUUCGGCUAGUUUCUACGCAACCCGAUUCCUUAUCGAAAUAGCACGUAGGUUGAAGAAUCUUAAAGAAGAAGAUGCAUAUGUAAAGUCUCUUCUCUGUAGAAUAUCUGCAGUCUGCGCCGGUCAUAUGAAGUGGUUGUUUGAAAAGGCAGAGAAGAAAUCUGGCUACUAUACCGCCAACUAUUGGGUUACUGGAAAGGCCAUGCACCGCGAUACUAUGUCAUGGCAACCGGACGAUUCUUUGACUGAUACAGCAUUCCAACUUCUCAAGGCAGGCUACUGUGUGAAGUUCUACCAAGAGAAUGCGCCCUCCAGCCUCGCUCUCGCGACAGAAAUCAUAGAAAAUAGCGGUGGCCCAUGGAUUGAAAAUUUGGAGAAGUUGGACAGGCGUGGGUGUUGUGCUUGGCCCCAUGCUCAGCAAGCAGACACCGAUGUUUUCCGUCUAGAUGAUCAUGUAUGGAUCUGGAGAGCUCUAAAGAUAAUUGAAGAUUCCGGAUUGUGGCCAAAGCGGGCUGAAAGCGAAAAGGGAAUGAAACGGCCUCGAGAUGUCCAGCAAGAAAUACUUCGACGAUUUAUGACUGAGAAUGAAACUUCAAGGAAGCGAAUGUUGGCCGUGACCAGAUCUUCCAGGGAGACCCGAUUUUUACUACACGCGAGGGAUACAGCCCUGUUCUAUGAGGACGAUUGGAUUUCACCGCUUCAGCAAGCAUCCUUCCUUGAUAUGUGGAAGAACACACUCAAGGCACAAGCAUUGCAUGAAAUCAAUCAUGAUGCCUUCUGGGAUAACACACUCCGAUAUGCCAUGGCCAUCAUGAUGAGCAUCCGUAGAGAGAGGAUCAACCAACAGCCUGCACAUGAUUUGGCGAAAUCCUGCAUUAAGGUCAUAUUCCAAUGCAUGAGCCUUAGUGGAUUUUGUCCUGGGGAACUUGAUGAGAUUACUAAAGAGCCGGUUCUCUUCGACAGAGAAGGGGAUCGAGAUUACUUCUUCCAUGCUAGCUUCGAGGUCCCCUUCAUAUUUCUCUUUUACGCUUCUUCCAUAGAAAGAUUAUGCGAAGAACAGCCAAAAGCAACUGAUACCAAUGAAGUUUCGGCAAUAUAUGAACAAGCGGUAUCUAGCACAGAACAUCCCGAAGGACCCAAAGCUCAGCCGAAACGCCAACAAGCACUGAGUGAGGGGAUAGCUCGCGAAUCCGGUCCAAUGAAAAAGACAGUCCCAUCCAGUCACCUUUUCGAUUCAAACAGUAUCAUCGACAUCGAAGAAGAGUGGCUGUACAACUAUCCAGCUUUCUUGAUGAAUGACACAGAAAGAACCCCCAAGGAAAUCCAGGAGAUCUUAAAAAAUCAAAAUGAACAAGGUGUUGAUGCUAGUGCUGAUGUUGAUGAUCAUGUCAUUGUGAAACAGGCCCGACGGGUUUUGCAACAACUUGAACUCAGUGAGAGUUGGAUUGCUGACGAGAAAGUCGAGAGAUCAGUUCUAGCCGAUAUACGAAAGACGAAGAAACUCGGAAGAAACCAACGAAAUAGCAAUUACCAUUUCAGCCCUAAUUACUGCAACAACAACGAUCUUAAGGCCAUAUUAAUGAGACCCCGUGAUGCAAUGGAUGCAAAGAAGCGAUUAAUUUUGCUGCCAGAUGCAGAUGCAGAAACAGCACUAAUAUGCGUCGUUGGUAGCACCGACACCGAACAGCCGGCAAUGUCUCUGUUUUUCGACCGGCAUUGGCGCAAGGAGGAAUAUUUCUUUGAUGACACAACUAUGGUCAUGAACACCUGGGAGACUGAGCUUCAUCUAAGCUUCUAUUGCAUACAAGACGCCGAAGAAGAUCCAUCCACGAGCAUCCGAACGAUGAGCGAAGAUAUAUUUCCAGGUGGAAAGAAACGGAUUUCUAAGACAUCGAUAGGGUUUCGUUUCAAUGGAGACUUUUUCGAUCGCUACUGGACCUGCCAUUUCAUAGAAGACAUAGGUAAUAUGCGCGAUUAUAUGUACAAUGGGAAGUUUCCAUUCACUCUCGACGACAAGGUGCAAGGCUGGAGGCAAAGAAAGGUUCUCGAGCUUCACUUCUUCGAGCAUAUCCUAAGUACACUAAUCAAAGGUACCCGAGAUAUACUGAACGAAGUCAAAAGAGGGCUUAGUAUACGGCAAGGGCAGGGCGCCUUUCCAUCUUCUAUGCUGAGUAGUGAAGACUACUUCCACUCCAGUGCCCGAUGGCAAAGGUACCGGGCUAUUUUGCAAGUCGUGGACGAGACACUAGAAGACGUGGAAUUGGAAGUCUCAAAAUGGGAAUCCCGAGAGAAAGACCGUGGACAGGAAAGACCACGGUGGACUCGAAACGAUGAGCGAAAGUACGGGGGUAUCAUUAAGAAAUUUCAGCGCUCGACCAACAAGCAGAUACGGAAUUUACACAGUGUUCACGCCAGUGUCAAGUCAGUAAAGGAUACUUACACGAAAGGCCAAGAGCAAACACGUGAGGACUUAUCGCUGCGCAAGUCAGAGGACAUCCGAUUCUUCACCUACGUCACUGUAGUCUUCCUCCCCCUUGGCUUUGCCUCGAGUAUCUUCAGUAUGAAUGGAACGCCUCCAGGGGAUUUAGUCGUCAAUCUGGUAAUCUGUGCUAUUGUUGCUCUCACCAUCACCGUGAUUGCCCUGUUCAACGCGAAAACGUUGGCACAUAUUACAGAGAGGGCGGUCCGUCUCAUUGAGGAGUACUCUCAAUCAAAAAUGGAACGAAGUAUCCUCAUUGUGGGAAGUACCAAAGAAAUGGUCAAAGAAGUGAACGGUUCUCAAGAUCCCCAGCUAGAAAAAGGGCAGGACUUGCCAAUUGGCAACUCUCUGAAGCAUUCGAGCGAGAUCAUCAAUACAAACUACCAAGACAAAAGUAUAGGAACUCUGGACCCAUCACGAUUCUGGUUCCUGAUGGUUUAUAUUCUCCUUGAGUUGCCAGCGCGAAGAGUUGCCAUUGCUUAUAACAUCUUAAGGCGGGAUAAGCUUACAUGGAUUGAGUACAUGCAUGUUGUCCUAGGGUUUAUUUUCCUACCAUUUUGUGUCAUUUUUUCGUUGAUCCAGGUAAUGGCUUGCAACAUCAUAGACUUUGUCAAGCUUCUAUUUAUCUUGGGCGCAUGUCUCAUCACGCAAUUAUCAGUGCAUGAAACGGACUUCGAGAGGUACAUGGGAUGGCUUGUGUUGCCUUUUGAAAAGCUACGGCCAAUGAAAGUUGCCGCCUCGAAGUUACAGAGGAAGCGGACGCAGGAAGAGAAGCCGAAAGAGAAGAAGCCAGAAGAUAAUGGCAAACCCGAAGAUACCCCCGUGGCCGAACGCCUGCCUUCCCCGACUCCACCUACCUCUCCUAUCCCUCCUGUUAAUGCGACGGAGGCACCUCACCCGUUGCCAACUCCUCCUACGGGAUGGUUCAGAUUCAGACACGCACAUAAUUUCAUUGUCAAUGUCAAUCGAGCAGCUAAAGGUAGAAAUGAAGCGGCAAACAUCAAUUCGGACUCUGCACUUGUCAACCAUCCUAGGUCCACGAGAAGCUUGGACGCGCCCGUAACGGAAACUAGUUUGCCUACCUAGCUUCCCGGUUAUUGUAUAAAUAAGAAUAGUUAUGCCAUUCCCGAUGAAGAUAAUCGAGACAAGGGGAAUGGGGUACGACCUAAUGAUGGGCAUAGGGGUCUGUCACCGUCUGUGGGUAGUAACUACUAGGAGUUCCAUUUGAAUAAGUGAACUGAGCUAGGUAGGUAGGGUAAUUUCAAGUCAGCAAUUAUUACUACGCCGUAGUUAGGUACGUAGAUAAAAUGCGCUAUAAAAUCAUUGUCAGAGGACUGUAGAGACAAAUUCAUUCAGAUUAAAUAUGCUCACGAAGCGUCAAACCUAUC